CUUUCACCCCCACAGUUAGGAAAAAAUCCACGAUGUCGACGGGGUCUGUACGACGGAAAACAGACGAUAACGCACGGAUUAAUGUUACACCGUCGAAAUACUUGAUGUGUUCGCCCACGCAGAAGGAUGCUGUCUUGAACCAUCGUACAUAUGUAUAAAAAGCAGGACCCUCCUGCCCUUUAGAUGUCUGGGGCCUGUUCAUGGCUUCUAAGAAGAAGCAGAAAGGAAUGGUGUUCCAUCAGGAAGGGGCUACCACCCCUGCAGCGGCACUGGCCGCAGACCAUCCAACGGCCCGCUUUGUUGUUUCUAAACCAGGGAAGGCAAGUGAAGGUGGGAUGGAACGAAGCACCUGUGUAACCAAUGAAGAGACAGGUAUGAAGGGGAAACCCAAUAUGUACCCAUCGAAAGAGUCCAUCGGGACAUCUGGUGGACUUCCCGCUGCAAAACAUUCCACCAGUUCAAACCCUCAGCUGGACAACCUGUCACCUGAUAGCAUCUGCAAAGGCAUCAGAGUGACACUGGACAACAACAGCAUGUGGAACGAGUUUUUCAGAUGCAAAACGGAGAUGAUUCUGACUCAGCAAGGCAGCAGGAUGUUCCCCUAUUGCCGCUUUCGCAUCUCUGGCUUGCAGUCCUCCAAGAAAUACUCUCUGAUCAUGGACAUUCAACCUUUGGACAACAGUCGUUACAAGUGGACCAGCAAGAGCUGGCAAGUUGCUGGAAGGGCAGAGUGCCAUGUUAAGAGUCAACCAUUUGCUCAUCCAGAGUCCCCGUCAACAGGUCAACAAUGGAUGCAGAAUCCAGUGUCCUUUUACAAACUGAAGCUCACUAACAAUGUCUCAGAUCAAGAGGGGAACACCAUCCUGCAUCCCAUGCACCGCUACUUACCACGGCUGCAUGUGGUCCAAACUGAUAAAGCUGCUAAAGACAUAAAACUAAACAAUCCCAAUGUUGUUACAUUCACUUUCCCCCAAACUGAAUUUAUGGCAGUCAUUGCUUACCAGAACUCACGGUUUUCUCAGCUUAAAGUUGACUACAACCCAUUUGCUAAAGGACUGAAGGAGGAGGGCUCUAGUUCAUUGGGCCUAAAGCUUAAAUUGAACUCUGGCAAAGACUUGCACAAAGAAGGAGGCACAACAACCACUGAGCAACAUCCUGUGAGGAAGAGCUUGAAGUCUUUGCUUGCAAACCAUAAACCUAGAAGCUCAAAAGCAGUGGACGAGAAGCCUUCAGGGUCAGCUGACCCCCAGAAAAACUCCACCACAAACAAAGAUCAGUCAGCUGCCAAUGUCACUGAGGAAUGUUUGCGCAGUAAUUCACAUCCAGCUCAGAAAUUAUUUUCUGAACUGAUCCGGGAGGCUCACGUUUCACUGCAUAGAUGUGACAUGGAGGAGCUGGGAUUCACUAACAGCACGUCUCACAGAACUGAGCGAACCAACACUAAAACCACAGCUUUGAAAAGCAAUGGACAAGAUAAUCCCAAAAAGGACAGCAUAUCUGUCAAAACACAAAGCAAAACAUCACCUGCAAAGAAGGGUGAAGUUGUUGUAUCAGAGAGGAAAGUUAAGGGAGAUAAGGACCUUUUGAAUUCACUGAAUUGCAAAGACAAUGUUGGGACAGUUCUAAAGUCUGAAAUCAAUAAUGUUGCUGCUCCCGCAGUGUCCCAGAACUCCUCUGGUGACUCAGACCAACAAUGUAAGUCUGAAGCUCCAUCAGAGGCGAAAGUAAAGCAACAUAAACGGCCAGCGCCUCUGCCUCUGCCUGCUCUUGCUCUUUUUUUGAAGCAGCAUUCAACAAAAUCUAAAGUAGCCAAGAGCAAGCUGGACUCUUCUCCUGCAGCACUCCCAUCGGAAUCUCUGUCUGAUUCACAGAGUUCUGCUGCAACUCCUGUAUGUUCGCCUUCUGAUCAAGACCGCAAAGCAGCUGGUCCAUGGAAGGACCUAACUGGAUAUAUCACAAAGUCCAACAACCAGGACUCUGGACAUGCUGCUGCACUUCCUAGACCAGAUGAAAUGGUUUUGAAUCAGCCUUCCAGUCCGUUUUGUCCUGUUGCCACUACAGACCGAAAGGGACAAAGAACUCAUUUCUUGGACUCUGUUUCAGUUGCUGAAAGCACAGGCUCAGAACUUGCAGUACAAGAUGGUACACCAGUGUUACCCAACUCAGAUCAGCCAUCUUGUACCCUUGGGACAUCUGUAUCCACCAUUUCCUCAACUCUUGCUACCUCUUCUACAUCUUUCAUUUCGUCACCAACCCUCGACACAGUGUUACCUGCCCCAAACUCACCACAAACACCAACCAUCACUGAGUCUUCCACACUACCUUCAGACUCGCCAACUAUGAAGUCUGAUUCUUUGCUACCUGACCCAGAGUGCUCUUCGUUUGGCUUUGAGCCUUUGUCCCCUGCAAGCUCUCCAGAACCCUUACCUUCCCUGCCCAUCUUGUUAGCUCUAGAUCUUGACUCCACUACUCCUGAACCACCUCCAAAAGCAGUAUCUCCCAAAGAGUUGCAGCCAAGUGAAGACUCUGCUGCCUCUGUGUUUAAAUGGCACACAGUGUUACCUCAAAGUAGGCCGUACAUGGACACUUCAUUCACAACAUUUCAACCUACAACACAGACUCUUCCUUUAGAGUCUGUUCCGUCACCUUUGUUGCCUUCCCAGUCUCCUUCCCACUCUGAACCACAGACUCUCGACACCUCCACAUCCACAUCCACACCUCCCCCUGAUUCUGCUCCAUCAUUUCAAGAAAAUGAAUCGCUGCCCUUCCCUGCAGAGCUGUCCCCCCUUGCACUUCACUUGCCGCUGUCUCCAACCUUUUCUUCAUUAGAUGGAGAUGCAUUGUCACCCACGCCUUCAAUCGCAGACCUUGUGCACUUUUUCUCCACCGAAGAUGACUUUGGGAUGGAGGUGGAGUUUUCAAACACAGAGGCAGUAGCUGCUCCCUGCCCACCUCCAAGCGCAAUAGAGGCAAAUACACGCAAGCCUUCUCAGCAGGUGCAACCAGCCAAAAAACCCUGCAAGGGCAAAAAGAAGUCCCAGCGGCAAAAGCUUGCCAAGACAGAUGUAGAUCAGAACAUGGAUGCUGCCACCUACACUAACAUGAGGCCUAACUUGGAGGAAGUUGAGGAGCAGUUAUUUAUCUCAUUCACCUCAAAGGAGGCCCUCAAACUUCACAUUGCGGACUCCUCUGUUGGAACGGCCUCACAGCCUCAGACGACACCUGAAUGUCAACUGCAAGAAACUGCUGACGCACCUGAGAAUGUAGAGACAGCAGAGAGUUUGGAGGAGAAGAUCGCUGCAUACGAGAAGAUUCUUCUGAGAGACUUGAAGCUGAUGAGACACAGACAGGUGAUCCAUCCUGUGCUGCAGGAAGUUGGUCUGAAGCUGAGCCUGCUGGAUCCGACUCUGGCCAUAGACCUGCAGUACCUGGGAGUCCGUCUGCCCAUCCCCCCUCCUGGAGUCUCUCUGGAGCCGCUGACCCAGGAGCUGCCGCCGUCUCAAGGUGUUUCUGCAGCUUUUGUGUCACGGACAGGAAAAACAACAGAUGUGACUCAGAUUAAAGGUUGGAGAGGGAAAUUCACUCCAUCAGAGGCUCCACCCCCUCCAACAGCAACCAAACCUGAAGCUGGUCCCAGUUCAGAUCCGCCAAAGAAGAACCUGUCUGCGUUCUGCAGCGACAUGUUGGAUGAGUAUCUUGAGAAUGAAGGGAAGCUGAUUGAUGAGCGAGCCGCCAGCUUCUCUCAGCCUCAGGUGGAACCGGUAGUGUAUGAGCUGCCUACCAGGAGCACCAGCUACGUUCGAACCCUCAACAGUGUCCUGAAGAAACAGCCCAGCAGCUUCCCCACCUCAGACCUCAUAUCUGGGUUUGUCCCCCCGUCCAAGAGACCUAAACUCCCCGUCAGAGAGACCAAAACAUCAAGGAAAGGAAACAUGAGGCAGAAAGGUCCAAAACACCACAAACACAGUGCAGAACCAGGUUUAACAGCUGCACUCAGUCCAGCUGAAUCAAACCUGUUCCCUAAACAAUCCACAGUCCCAACAGCCACUCUCUCAUCAGAACACACAGACCCCGUCACUGAACCUCACACACCAAAGAAACACCGCCUGAAAGUCCAAUUGGACCACACAGAACCGUUAACUCUCUCUUCUCAACCCAAGAAGAGGAAGAAGCUCAAACCCAAGACCUUGUCCCAGACCCUCAGUCCCCUCAAGUCCACCCUCCCCCAGCCUGGCGUGUCAGAGGACAUGGCUCCGCUGGAGUCUGACUCUGAACUGGGGACCGCUGUCGAUCAGAACACAGAGAGCAGCAGGCAGAAGAACGGGCCGCCGAUGACCCGAGCUAUGCUGAAGCAGAAGGACCUGGAGGACGAGGUUGUGUGGGGAGGGCGACCUAGGACCAGCAUCACAGAGGAGAGGGCCACUGUUGCUCUGACAUCACUUUUUACAUUGAUGGGUUUUGUCAGUGAGAACCCGACCGCUCCCAUCCAGCUGGUGCGGAGACAAGCCCCUCUCUGCCUGAACGAGUUCUGCCGGCUGGGCUGCGUGUGCUCCAGUCUGUCCCACUGCGUCAGGAUCAGUCACUGUGGCCGGCCCCAGUGCAUGCUGGGCUGCAGCUGCCUCAAACAGAAGGUGGUCCUCCUCAAGAACCUGGACGCCUCUGACUCCAGUCCCUCCCAGCAGGGGAACGUCAAGAAGAAGAAGAGGAAGAGGAGGAUGAAGAUGGCCUACAUCCUGAAGGAGGCGGACAGUGUUUCCCAGCCUGCAGAGCGGGUCCGGGUGCUUUGGAAGAGGGACAGCGGAGACUUGGAUCCAGACCCGAUCAGCGUCCCUAAACCAGCAGCCCUGUCCCACCCCCCUGUGAAAACUGUAAGGCCUCAGGAGAGACGACAGGACAGCAGCAGCAGCGGCAGCAGCUGUGCCAGAGUCAGAGCUUACAGAGGGAAGAAGAAGAGCAGCAGGAAACAGAAGACGAAGGAUCAACUGCAGAGUCAGGACGAUCCACCGGAGACGUCUAAAGAUGAAAAGUCUAAAAAGGUUCGGCUGAAGCCUUUGAAACAGAGAGACCUGACGCUGAAGAACACAGAGACCAAACCCUCCAGUCCUCCACCAGCAGCUGAUCCGCUGCCGCUGGCUCCCUCCACCCGGUCUCCAAGUCCUCCGUCCGAGCCGCCUCCAAAACCGUCGAAGCGUCUGAUCAUCCUGGCGGAGUGUAAGUGGGAGAACGACAGCGACCGCAGCCUGGUGCUGAAGAAUCUGUGCGAGGCGAUGGCGUGGGACCGACUGGACGAACCUUUCUGGAUCAAAAAUUAUCUCAUCAGUCCCAUUAGUCAGACUGUGGAGGACAGUGGUGGCAACCGCUGCAUCCAGUACAAGAUCCACAUCUCCAGACCCCUGCUGGAGCCGGAGAAACCAGUGAAACCAGUGAAGCCACCACAACAGAGGGAGACAACACAACAGCAGGAACACCUGGAACAGGUUGUCAUGAAGACGGAGCCUGUUGACAAUUGGCAGCAGGAGGUGGCAGAGGACAAAGAAGAGGUGGAAGAGGCAGAGCCACUUGAAGACUGGCAGCGAGAGGUGAUGGAGGACGAGGACGAGGCGGAGCCACUUGAAGAUUGGCAGAGAGAGGUGGAGGAAGACGAUAUCGAGGAGGAGGCGGAGUCAACAGAUCACCAGCUGCAUGAUGGGAGAGAGAGUGGCGGAGAGGAAACAAAUAUGACGUCAAAGAAGACGAAGAGGAUGAUGGUCAGCAUGGCUCUGCCGUUCCUGACAGGAAUCUCCCCCGCCGGCUUUCUCUUGGCCAAUAAGAAGCAGCAGGGAGGAACAGACCACCUGGUCCAGGUGAAUGGGAAGCUCUAUCCUCUGGCUAAGAUCCAGCUGGGGAGGAUGGGUGCGCUCCAUCCCGCGAACCGCCUGGCAGCAUAUCUCACUGGUCGGGUGGCGUUAAACAAGAAGCCACAAAGUUCCUCUUUCUCACCAUCUAAACCUCCUCAGAACCAGAGUUCAGCCCCGACCGUCUCCUCAUCUUCCUCUGUGGUUCCCAUCCCAACACCCAAAUCUCAGCCGUCAGCCACCAUCCCAACCUCCAUGACAGUUCUUCAGCCUGCAGCAGUGAAGCUCGACCAAUCAGCUGCCUGCUCUGACCAGAGCGCAGAUGAAGCACCUGAGGGGGUGGGGACCCGGGUCGUCACUUUGAAGGUGUACCCGCGUUCAAGGGGAGGAGGCACUCAGUUCAGAGUGAUACCCCCAGCUUCUGGAAGCUCCGCCCCCACGUCGGGUAAUAUUAAAGACUCUCAGGUCAGCAGCUCUGCGGCUCCACCUGUGACAACGGCUCCUAAAGGCUCUCAGGUGUUCAUGGUUCAGGUCCCGCCUCCUCCUGCUCCUGGGAAACUACCUCUACCGGCCCAGCCACCCGGCCCACCACCCGGCCCACCACCCCCCUCCUCCUCCAUUGCCUACUCCUCUGGUCAGAGGAUCGUCCUGCAGCCGGUCCAGAUGGCAUCAGGACUCCAGUACUACCGCAAACCAGACGGUAAAUUGGUCCGACUGGUUCCCCUCAGCCAGCUGAGAUCAGUCAACUUGAACCAGUCCACUCCACGAGCCUCGCCCUCAGUCCUCCCUGCUGCAUCCCUUCAACCUCCAGUCGUCGCUGCUGGUAACCAAAAACCACCUCCGGCCACAGCCACCUCCACCCACACCUCCCUCUCCCCUUUGUCCGGCCUCCAGUCUUUCAAGGUGUCCCCCCUCACCUCCCAGCUCCGCCCUGCCUCUGGUUUCCUGUCUCAGAAGGGGACGUGCACCUUUAAAAUCCUCCCUGCUAACAACAACAUGGAGCCAAUGAUCAUCACCUGUCCUAAAGUUCCUCCAAAGGUGGUGUCGGCUCCAGGCUCCUUCACUGUGCUCCAACCUCAACCCCCCAACGCGACCCCAGUGAACCUCAUCUCCCUCAAACCCUCCACAGGUCAGGGGGCUGAGCUCGGGGUCAAAACAGUGACUGUGUCUGCGGUCCCAGUGGGUCCUGGUGGGUUAUCAGCAGUCCCAGUGGGUUCUGGUGGGUUAUCAGCAGUCCCAGUGGGUCCUGGUGGGGUAUCUGCUGUCCCAGUGGGUUCUGGUGGGGUAUCAGCAGUCCCAGUGGGUCCUGGUGGGUUAUCUGCUGUCCCAGUGGGUCCUGGUGGGGUAUCUGCUGUCCCAGUGGGUCCUGGUGGGGUAUCAGCGGUCCCAGUGGGUCCUGGUGGGUUAUCAGCGGUCCCAGUGGGUCUUGGUAGGGUAUCAGCAGUCCCAGUGGGUCCUGGUGGGUUAUCAGCUGUUCCAGUGGGUCCUGGUGGGUUAUCAGCUGUUCCAGUGGGUCCUGGUGGCGUGUCUGCGGUCCCAGUGGGUCCUAGUGGGGUAUCUGCGGUCCCAGUGGGUCCUGAUGGGGUGAUAGUCCACCAGAAACCUGCCGUCCAGAUCCCUUACAGACCUCCUCCUCCAGCACCACCAGAGUCAGAGGUGACACCUGCCCCCCCACCAAAGCCGGAGCCGGCCUGCAACCUGUUGGACCUGGACAUAAUCUGUGUGGACUACGAGGAAGAGUUUGACGCCACAGAAACAGGGGGCGAGGUGAAGCAGCCACCGGAUGUGGUGGAGGUGAAGGAUUCGAGCAGCGAGACGGAGAACUCGUCAGAUUUCAGUGACGAGUCGGCGGUCGAAGAAGAGAAAGAGCCGACUCCCAUCCAGCUGCGUUUCAAUCACAACAUGUUGGAGAAGCAGCGUCGGAGGAAGUUAUGGCAGCUGUUCGAAAAUCUGAGGAGAGAAGUGGGACUGAGCCAAGAGAGGACGUCAAAGGUCUCCACACUGAAGAAGUCGGUGGAGGUGAUCCAGGAGCUCUGGAGGACUGAGAAAAAACUAGAGAAGAAGAAGGAGAAACUACUCAAGAGGAGGGAUAAUUAUCUCGCCAUCAUCGCUCCAAUAACAGAGGAGAGCAGACAGGUGAGCAGCACACGUCAGACAUCACCUGAGCUGUCAGAGGGAGGAGGGACAGGAAGUAAGGACAUAGAAGUGGUGGAUCUGUUGGACGACACGGACGAGCCGACGGAGAACUCGUUUGAGGAGGAGAGACCUGUUACCAAGACGACCAACGCUGUCACCGUCUCAGAGGCGGAGGAUGAGGUUCAGAUCAUUGCCGCGGAGACGGUGGAGGAGAGCAGUCAGCUGAAUGCAGCUCAGAAGAAGCUGGCGAAGAUCCUGAGGAAGGAGGACUCAGAAAGCAGCGUGAAGAAGCUGGCCUGUGUUCGGAGCCUCGCAGACGCCUUCAAAGCUCUCCAAUCAGUCAUGAACACCAACAACACUUCAAGGAGCUUUCUGCUGGAGCAGGCUAAUCAGGAGAUUCAGACUCUUCAGAGUGAGAAUGGGAGACUGCGGAGUCUGAAGAUCUGUCUGAACCAGCAGAGAGACGCCUACAUCAGAGAGGUCUCCCAGAGAUCAGGUAAAAGCAAGGAAAGAAUCCGGAGCAUGCUUCAGCACCUGUCGUCCAAACAGAAGGAGGUGGAGAUGCAGGAGAGACUCCAAGCGGCCAAUCAGCUGCAAGCAGCAGUAGGGGGUGGAGCCUGUUACUCUCCAACAGAAGACUCAACUGAUGAUGUCAUCAUAAUCACAUCCUCCAGCCUGCAGCAACAGUGCACUCCACAGGCUCCACCCACUUUUGUUUCUGUCCCACCUACCAGCACACCUUCAUCCACACCUGUCCAAACGCCUGUCCAAACUCCUGUCCAAACGCCUGUCCAAACACCUGUCCAAGCACCUGUCCAGCAGCCUCAGAGGGUCCUGCAAGUGUCAAGGCCCAUCCUCGCUCCUCCUGGUGUGUCCCACAGUGUAUCAGUGGUGAGGGACAGGCCGAGGACGGUCCCCAACAUCCUGUCUCGCAGUAAGAAUCCAGCUGCAUCACAAUCCAUUAAGGCCGUGGUACCAGCAGAGGUUCUGUCCCUGGUCGGUACUGCGUUGCCGGGGCAACCAGUCCUGACCCUCAGCCAAAUGAUGACGGCACCUACAUUAUUGCAGACUUCUUCUACACCAGGCGUGGCUUCAGUCACCCUCAACAUCUCCAAUCUGGCCAAUCAGCAGAUCCACCUCACCUCACUGCCCCACCCCCCAACCGGUAAGAUCUACAGCAGCUCUGCCCCCCUCACCAUCACUAACCUAACAGCCACAGACCUCAACAACCUGCUGCAGCUGGUUCAACCAUCAACUACACCACAACAACAACAGCUAUUACUACAACCCCAACAACCACCACAAACUAAACAACAAAUCCUACAAACACCACCACCACCACCACCACCACAACAACUACAACAACAAACACCACCACAACAAAUACUACAGCCACCACAAGAAACACAACAACAACAGCCGCCGCCACCACCUUCCCAGCAGCAGCAGAUCCCAGAGGGUCCACCCCCUUCUCCUCCUGCUCCCCUCCUGGUGGUCUCUGCUGGAUCAGACCCGAUAACAGACCAGGACCAGCCUCCAUUCCACACUGACACUACAUCUGAGGCUCCACCCUCCACCCAGCACCCUUCCUCCACUCCUUGCCCAGGAGCGAGUGCUGACCGUCAGACUGAGGUCACAGAGGCAGGGCUUGAGGGGGCGGAGCCGCAGCAGGAGACCAGAGAUGAUGAGAGUCUGACGUCACUUCUCAACGAGAUCGUCUUCCUCAACCAGCAGACCGUCACCACGGCAGAGACGCCUUUAUCAGGGAAACCGUCCCCAGGGGAUGAUGUAAUGGACGAAGAUGAGGAGUAUGGACGCGCCAACAGCCCCUGGCUCCUGGAGCUGGACUCUGACUCUGAUGAAACCAUUGCCACGGAGAUGGGGGCGGCAGCGGUUAAUGACGACACAGACAUGACACCUGGUGGACCGCAGCUUGGACCUGUUAAUGGGAAUGCUAAAGGUGGCGUCCUGGCUCCGCCCCCUCUCCUGCAAAUGAAGGUGGGCGGGGCCAAGGUGGUGGACCCUGCCAGCUGUGAUGAAGCAGCAGGAGGGGAAGGAGAAGGAGAAGGAGGGGGGAAGAGGGAGGGUGGCGUGGCCUGGAGGCCGAUGCCGAGGCUGGUUCCUCUGGGGCUAAGAGGAAACCCACCCAGCUGACAUUACACUGACAGAUGAUGAUGUCACAGCAGAGUUAGGAUCAGCUGACAUUACACUGACAGAUGAUGAUGUCACAGCAGAGUUAGGAUCAGCUGACAUUACACUGACAGAUGAUGAUGUCACAGCAGAGUUAGGAUCAGCUGACAUUACACUGACAGAUGAUGAUGUCACAGCAGAAUUAGGAUCAGCUGACAUCACACUGACUGAUGAUGAUGUCACAGCAGAGUCAGGACUUCAUUGGUCCCCUGCAAGCUGUUCUCUGCCUUGACGACACUUCAUUGAUGUUUACAGACGAUCAGAGAUUAUGUUCACUACCUUUGUUUUAUUUAUUUUUGUCUUUACAUUUCACUGAAUUUAAAGUCUAGCUCCGUCCGCUCGGGUUUCAGUUGACGCUCCGUCUGAAGGGAGCAACGUGCAACCACGGCAACUUUCUGGGGAAAUGUUGACGAUUCUCAGUUGCCAUGAAUGUUGCUCUUUAGUCUCACAGGAAGAUUGUUGCCAGAAGAAAUUUGAGUCCACGUUCAGUCAGACAACUGCUGAUGUAUUGAGUGCCUCUGUGGUAUCCAAAGACCUGUGUGUGUGUGUGUGUGUGUGUGUGUGUGUGUGUGUGUGUGUGUGCGCACGUGUGC